AGUGGAAAAGAAACAAUGCUAGCAAGUCCAAAAAUUUUUUAGUAUACCAAACGAUAUUUUCUCUGAAAACUGUUUUCUAGUCAGCUGGCACCAUGUUCUACGCUCAUUUUGUCCUGAGUAAGAGAGGGCCGCUGGCCAAAAUUUGGCUAGCAGCCCAUUGGGAUAAGAAGCUAACCAAAGCCCAUGUGUUUGAGUGUAAUUUAGAGAGCAGUGUGGAGAGUAUCAUUUCACCCAAGGUAAAGAUGGCACUUCGAACCUCAGGACAUCUCUUAUUGGGAGUAGUUCGAAUCUAUCACAGGAAAGCAAAAUAUCUUCUUGCAGAUUGUAAUGAAGCUUUCAUUAAGAUAAAGAUGGCUUUUCGGCCAGGUGUUGUUGAUUUGCCUGAAGAAAAUCGGGAAGCUGCUUAUAAUGCAAUCACCUUACCUGGAUUCCAUGACUUUGAUCAGCCACUGCCUGAUUUAGAUGACAUUGAUGUGGCUCAGCAGUUCAGCCUCAACCAGAGUAGAGUGGAAGAGAUUACAAUGAGGGAAGAAGUUGGAAACAUCAGUAUCCUCCAGGAAAAUGACUUUGGUGACUUUGGGAUGGAUGAUCGUGAAAUGAUGCGUGAGGGUAGUGCAUUUGAAGAUGAUGACAUGUUAGUGAGCACUAGUGCUUCUAACCUCUUACUGGAACCUGAACAAAGUACCAGCCACCUGAAUGAGAAAAUCAACCACCUAGAAUAUGAAGACCAAUACAAGGAUGACAAUUUUGGAGAGGGAAAUGAUGGUGGCAUACUGGAUGACAAACUUAUAAGUAAUAAUGAUGGAGGUAUAUUUGAUGAUCCACCUGCCCUCUCUGAAGGAGGGGUCAUGAUGCCAGAGCAGCCUGCACACGAUGAUAUGGAUGAUGAUGACAAUGUAUCAAUGGGUGGACCAGAUAGUCCAGAUUCAGUAGACCCUGUUGAACCAUUACCAACUAUGACUGAUCAAACAACACUUGUUCCAAAUGAAGAGGAAGCUUUUGCUUUGGAACCUAUUGACAUCACUGUCAAGGAGACAAAAGCCAAAAGAAAGAGGAAGCUAAUUGUUGAUAGCGUGAAAGAGCUGGACAGCAAGACAAUUAGAGCCCAACUAAGUGAUUACUCUGAUAUUGUCACUACUUUGGACCUUGCACCACCCACCAAAAAAUUGAUGAUGUGGAAAGAGACUGGAGGAGUAGAAAAACUUUUCUCUUUGCCUGCUCAACCUUUAUGGAACAAUAGACUACUGAAGCUCUUUACACGCUGUCUCACACCUCUCGUGCCAGAAGAUCUUAGGAAAAGGAGGAAAGGUGGAGAAGCAGACAAUUUGGAUGAAUUCCUCAAAGAUUUUGAAAAUCCAGAGGUACCCAGAGAGGAACAGCCGCCGCAGCAGCAGCAACAGCAACAUGAUGUUAUUGAUGAACCUAUUAUAGAAGAGCCAAGCCACCUGCAGGAAUCAAUGAUGGAGGGCAGCAGAACCAAUUUGGAUGAAUCUGUCAUGCCACCGCCACCACCUCAAACAGGAGUAAAACGCAAGGCACAGCAAGUUGACCCGGAGCCUGUGUUACCUACUGAACAGUUGCAGCAGUUGGAAAUCCCACCUGUAGAACUUCCUCCAGAAGAGCCUCCAAAUAUCUGUCAGCUAAUACCUGAGCUGGAACUUUUGCCAGAGAAAGAAAAGGAAAAAGAGAAAGAUAAGGAAGAGGAAGAAGAGGAAGAGGAAGAAGAUGCUACAGGGGGUGAUCAGGAUCAAGAAGAAAGAAGAUGGAACAAAAGAACUCAGCAGAUGCUUCAUGGUCUUCAGAGAGCUCUUGCUAAAACUGGAGCAGAAUCUAUUAGUUUGCUUGACUUGUGCCGAAAUACGAACAGAAAACAAGCUGCAGCAAAAUUCUACAGCUUCUUGGUACUUAAAAAGCAGCAGGCUAUUGAGCUGAAACAGGAGGAGCCUUACAGUGACAUCAUUGCAACACCUGGACCAAGAUUCCAUAUAAUUUGAAUGUCUUGAGGAUUAUAGCUAGUGUUUAUUUCACUAGUAUAAAUGAAUUGCCCCCAAUGUGUAGGGCACACAAGACCAUUAUAGAAAAUUUAGAUUUUUGUCUGUACAAAGUAUCUCUUGCCCCUUUUUAUAUUUUUAAUUUACCAUCUUCAUUUUUAAGGGAAACUGCUCGGGUGGGUUUUGUUUGUUUUCUGAUGGAGAUACGGUCUCCAUGACCCAGAUGAUGAUUUUAACAGUUCAGAGCAGAUGUGUGCAAUAUUGGUGCAUGUAAUGAUGUUGAGUUGCAAUGAAAAGUCAUGAUUUGUAUCUUAAUUCUCCAUUAGUGCAUUUGAAAAGUUAACUUAUCUGGGAAAAGCCUGCCAACCUCAAAACAUUUGUUAAGUACCUAUUAUAUAUAUAAGGUACUUGAUCAAAAAAUGUCUACUUUUAACAGAAUAGAAUUGGAUUUUCUCUAUAAACCUUUUGCUCUGGUCUCUGGCUGUCUGAAAACUAUGGACAAAUUUCUCCCCAGUUGAGAUGUUUAGUAAUUCCUACAACAAUAGGAAUUGCUUUUGUAGCACACUGAAAAUCUUGUAAUGAUUUAGGAGGAGGCAGACAUCUCUGCAGAGCACUUGCUUGAAACCGAACCUCCUCAGAUGAAAGGCCAGACUUGUUUAGGCUAAAGCAUUCCCAGCGUUCUCCUAAUCAUCUAGUUCAAAU